AUAAAAAUAGAUUUUUAUUGCAUGAGUUUGAGACAUCAAGUAAUUGAUCAUAAGUGUUGUUAUUGUGUUGUCAGCAACAUGCUAGUUUUAGCAUAACAACAUGGCUGCGAUUGUUGAAGCAAGUUCGGUAUCUCGCAGUGCUUUAACGCUCCUGUCAAGAAAAUGCAAACGAAUUUUAUUUUCGAAUUGUGAGAUAUUAACUAGAAAUAAUCAUACUGAAAGUGUGAGUGAUGAUACCUACGAUGUGAUCAUCACAGGAGGUGGCAUAGUCGGCACAUCACUGGCGUGUGCUUUAGCCAAUAACCGACGACUUGAAUCUAGAAAAAUUUUGUUGCUCGAAGAAGGAAACAAACAUAAAUAUGAGCCAAGGGAACAGUAUUCUAAUAGAGUAGUUGCUUUAAAUAAACAUACACGCGUAUUAUUAUCUAGUAUUCAAGCAUGGAAACAUAUAGAGGCCGUGAGAGUUACACCUGUGCGAAAAAUGCAGGUAUGGGAUGCUUGCUCAGAUGCUAUGAUAACUUUCAAUGAAGAUCAUUUAGCAGAAGAAUUGGCAUAUAUUGUAGAAAAUGAUCUACUAUUACAUGCUGUAGAAACUGUACUGUCAGAGAAAAAGUUUGUAAAAGUAAUUACAAAUGCAAAGGUUGAAGAUAUCAGUUUACCAGAUGGAUUGGGCAUUCAUUCAAAUGUACGCCUGCAAAGCGGACAAACUUUUAGAACUAAGCUGUUGGUCGGAGCGGAUGGACACCGAUCUCGAGUUCGCGAGGCAAUGGGGGUCAAAUACGUCGAUUGGGAUUACGAUCAAAUGGGCAUUGUGGCUACUGUUCAACUAUCUGAACCUACAGAAAACAUUGUUGCAUGGCAAAGAUUUUUACCUACUGGUCCUGUUGCACUCUUACCGUUGACAAAUUCACUGAGUUCCUUGGUGUGGUCGAUGACAACUGCUGAGGCUAAAAGAUUAUUGAAAGUUUCCGAGGAAGAGUUUGUAGAUAUUUUGAACGAUGCUUUAUGGAAAGUACAUCCUAAAAAUGGCAUAGUGGAAGGAGGCAUGAAAGCGCUGCAGCAAUUGCUGGAAACGUUUCAAUUGCAAACUGGAGUCUCAAGGCAGUUACAGCCAUCUAUUGCUAGUAUUGUCGAAGGAUCGCGAGCGGCAUUUCCAUUAGGUUUUGGACAUGCUGUACAUUAUGUUCAACCAGGUGUUGCUUUAGUGGGAGAUGCAGCUCAUAGGGUUCAUCCAUUAGCAGGACAGGGUGUAAAUUUAGGUUUUGGGGAUAUAUCAGCUUUAGUUCAAGUACUUGCAGAAGCAAUAGGUAAUGGUGCAUUAAUUGGAGACAUAACAUAUUUGCACCAAUAUGAAAGUAUAAGGCAGUGGCAUAAUAUUCCAACAAUGCUCACAAUCGAUGCUCUACAUAGAUUGUAUAAAGGAACGGCACCACCGAUAGUUCUUGCAAGAAGUUUAGGCUUACAAAUGGCCAAUGCAAUUAAACCAUUAAAAAAAUUUAUAAUGGAACACGCAGCUGAUAGAGGUCACAUACAAAAAUGGUAAAAGUAUAUUGCUGUGUUAAGAUAAUAACACAUUAACUCAAAUAGACUAUUAUACUCUACACCCUAAAAAUUAGAUGUAAUAAAUACUAAAAUCAAUACUUGUUAUAUAAUCGACAAUUUUAUAAAUUGUUGGAAUAAAAUACAUUUUC